AUGGAUGGAGUAAGGAAGUCAGCCCUCUCUCAUCACGUACCUACAGCAGCAGACCUGCUACAAUCCGCGCAUGGAUUUGAGCACCCUGGAAGUCCCACCGAACCAGAGCCUAUAACAAUAGCUUCAAUUCCUACAGAAUUACUAUUGUACAUUUUCAGUUUCCUCAACAUUAACGAAAGACUCAGCGCCGCCGGAGUUUGCCGAACUUGGCGAUAUCUAAUUUUCUCGAGUCCCCGACUUUGGGGGAAGAAGCAGCUGAAGUUGAAAUGCAAUCGCCUGUCCCACCAAAGCCGGAGAUCGUGUUUCUAUGCUAAACGACUCGGACAUUUUUUACGGAAAGUAACGAUUAACUGCGAGCAUACAGGUAACCACCAGUGUAAAUAUAUGGCCGUGUGUUUUCGAAAACUGAUAAAGAAUCUCAAGUCAAAAAACCCGGCACUGACGUCUUUUAAAGUUAUAGAUCUUCGUCUUGGAGGCGCGUCGCCAGUGGUUAUUGCUAAGAUCUGCACAUUGCUAUCUCGUCUGCUUGAAUCGCUAGCAAACCUGAAGAGUUUCCAGAUGUCUUCAGCACAAUGGCCGCCGGAAGAAGGGAAAAUGGUGAUGAAUACUUUGCUAACGGUGUCUAAAAACACUUUAGAAACCCUCCAAAUCGACGGCUACUUUGUUCCCAGGUACACUCCGGUGGAACCUGGUCAAUUUACUGGAGAUAUAGCGACACUGACCAGACUAACUAAAUUAGCCAUUGACUACUUUUACAUGGAUGGUGACUCCGUGGUGGCCCUGGCAGAUGCCAGGAGAGGCCAAAUGAAAAAAUUGAAACUACUGGCCUCUGAUAUAAGCCCGAACACACAGUACAUUUCCAAACUGGCCUGGACGUAUUUGACAACUGCUUGUCCCGCCAUGAGAGUGGAGUUCUGCAUCAAAGGUUUUGUUAUCUCCCCUUCGCGCUCCAUACCUCUGAUUCUGGAGCCCGUUUUGCGCAUCUCCAUGAUUCGCCUCUCUAUUGGAGGACAGUUCACCUUCAUAGACACCCCGCGGCUUAACAUGGCGGCCGUCUUUCACCAUAUCAUGGUUCACUUUAAGAAACGACUGGCUAGAUUUGAGAUGGACAUUGACAACUACAAUGACUUCAUCGACGCAGCUUUCAUCAAGAUGGUCAAGAAGUGCAAGCACUUGAUUCACCUGAAGGUCAUCGCAUUUUUCCAAAACGAAGAGACAGACAAUAUCGUCACAGAAAUCGUCCAGACCAGAAGAAUCAAACAGGAAGGAGCAGCCGGGAAGGCACCCAGAGAUCUAUCAACUCCGUUUGGCGCAUUUAAUGAGGAUGCAACUGCCGUAGUUAACUGUGGAGGUAAAAACCACUCGAGUGGUACUAAGGUAAAGAAGAAGAAGAAGAAACCUAAGAAGGCCCCAAAGACUUCAGUUUCCCCAAGCGCUAGUAGAUGUAGCACAGACGGUGACAGUCCUCGAGACAAGAAACCAGUUAGUAAGGUCAAAGAUAAAUGCAAAAAGGGAAAGCCGAAAAAAGGUGUAGCGAACUAA